AUGAUUAACAUUUGUUUUCACUAUCUCGAUCAACAUUUUCUUGGUCAGUUGGAUGAAAUCUUCGAUUUCCAUGAUUUUCACCAAUUAGUCCUCCAUCAUUUCAACAAUCCAUUCGACUAUCGUUUUACUCUAGCCAACAAAGAACUUGAUCUUUUCAGUCGACAGUCAUUUGCUCGUUAUCAAUCAUUGUUGAUGAAUGGUGUCUGUAUACUUGUUCUCAAGCGAAUGUCUGGAGGAGGUUUUCUCGAAAUCCCAGUGUUGACCGAUAUCAUUCUUCAGGAUCUUGAGAGAGCCGUACAACAGAUUCCGACCACUAACAAUGAAGAACGUCCAUGUCAAAUAUGCCGUGAGAAUACAAGCUGUAUGAAACUGUGUUGCAAUCGAAUAUGUAAAGUCUGUUUUGGUAAUUAUUUUGCGCAUUCGACUUUCAAACUGAAUUGUAUGACCUGUCGUCGUCAAGUACCGUAUGGUCAAUUCUUCAUCUCACCUGAAUUCGUUCGUGCACUUGAAUCAUUGAAUGAAAUUUGUGGAUUGAUGAAUUACAUCGAUUGCCAAAUUUGCCAUUGUGGAUCGCUGGUAGUCAAUGAAAUGAUGGAGGACUAA